UGGCGGCGUCGGCGUCAGGGGGCGGGGCCUCGCGGGGCCGUGGCCAAUGGGCUUCCGGGCUGUGCCGCCGGCCGGGCGCGGGAGGCGGAAGUGCCGCGGGCCGCCGCCUCCGUCCCGGCUGCGGCCCCUGCCGGUUAUAUAACUCACUGCGAGGCCCAGUGCGGUUCCUCGUCCCGGCUCCCGGCUUCCCGAGGAUGCGCUAAUCCCCGCAACUCCCUCAGCUGCCGCCGGCUCCCAUCCGAGGUGAGCGGCGUGUGGAGCCGGGACGGCGGCGACACCUGGGGACUCCAGCCGGCGCGGCUCCGCUCUGCAGUUCGCGGCCCCCAAUCUGGGCGGCCGCGGCGCCAGUUGAGGUGUGAAUGACAGAGGUGGUGCCAUCCAGUGCCCUCAGCGAGGUCAGCCUGCGCCUCCUCUGCCACGAUGACAUAGAUACUGUGAAGCACCUGUGUGGUGAUUGGUUCCCUAUUGAGUACCCAGACUCAUGGUAUCGUGAUAUCACAUCCAACAAGAAGUUCUUCUCCCUUGCUGCAACCUAUAGAGGCGCCAUUGUGGGAAUGAUAGUAGCUGAAAUUAAGAGCAGGACCAAAAUACAUAAAGAGGAUGGAGAUAUUCUAGCCUCCAGCUUCUCUGUUGACACACAAGUUGCAUAUAUUCUAAGUCUGGGAGUCGUGAAAGAAUUCAGAAAGCAUGGCAUAGGGUCCCUUUUACUUGAAAGUUUAAAGGACCAUAUAUCCACCACAGCCCAGGACCACUGCAAAGCCAUCUACCUGCAUGUCCUCACCACCAACAAUACCGCAAUUAACUUCUAUGAAAACAGAGACUUUAGGCAGCAUCACUACUUGCCAUAUUACUACUCCAUCCGAGGGGUUCUCAAAGAUGGCUUCACCUACGUCCUCUACAUUAAUGGUGGCCAUCCUCCCUGGACCAUCCUGGAUUACAUCCAUCACCUGGGCUCAGCGCUAGCCAACCUGAGCCCCUGCUCCAUCCCACACAGAAUCUACCGUCAGGCCCACAGCCUGCUCUGCAGCUUCCUGCCGUGGUCUGGAAUCUCUACCAAGGGAGGCAUUGAGUAUAGCCGCACCAUGUGACGCUAGCCUGGCAGCCUCUGCACCCUGUGGAAACCACCCUUCCUGUCUGUCUAACCUCUGCUGUCUUCUGCAAGGAGCUGGCAGUCACCUGCCUGCCUGUUGGCCUGCCACAGCUGCAGGUCGGGUGCUAUGCGGGCUCAGGAG